AUGGGUAAUGGUUAGUGUUAGUAAACAAAUCUAAAAAGUGAAGUCAAUAUGAUUAUCACUGAAGAAAAUGUCCAUUCGGAUGAAUCUGAACAUAAUCUUACAUCAAAGAUAACAGAUAGAGUUUAUAAAGUUAAUUUUGUUAGAAAUGAACUAAUGCAAAGAUUAUAAUCAAUAAAUCAAGAAACGUAAAAAUUUCAAAAUAUUACAAAGAAUAGUCUAUUAUAUAUCACAGAACUAAUCUUAUAAUUGAAUAAGUAUACUGUUGGAUAAUUAAAAACUAUGAUGAUUGGAGCACAUAAAACAUAUUAAAUUUUAAUAUAAGCUAUAAUUAAAAUGAAACCUGAAAAUACAGAAAUAAUUCCUGUUUUGAGUGAAGAAUAUAAUAAUUUUAAACUUUUCUAUGAAUUAUAAACAUAACCAGCUUAAUAAUUGUAUUAUAGACCUGUUUAUAAUGAAAAUUAUGAAAUUGUUAGAGAAAUUAGAGUCAAAAGAAUAAGAAAUUAUGUAAUCAAAGAAGAUAAUGUAACAGAUUUAUAAAAAACAUAAUAAAGAUUAUAAUAUUGGAUAUAAUUAAGUUAAAAAAAACAUCCUAAUUUAUUAAAUCUAAGGGCAGCAGUAAUUCAAAAAGAUGUAUGCAAAUAUGUUACUGAUUAUAUUGAUGGGAUAACAUUAGAAAAAUUACAAAAUAAAAAUAUUUAAAAUAAAGACAAAAUAAAAAUAAUGCAAUAAAUGGUGGAUUCUUUAAGGAUGUUGCAUUCCUAAUAAUUGGUUCAUGGGGAUAUUAAACCUUCAAAUUUUAUGAUUACUCCACAAUAUCAAGUAGUUUUAUUGGAUCUCGAUUAAUUAGGAGCAGAGAGACAAUCUGCUGAUAUGACAUAUUUAUAUUCAUUUAAGGAUGAUCAAUGCCCUACAUUUUAAGGAGAUGUAUGGUCUCUUGGAUUAUGUAUCUAUUCAUUGUUUUUUGGUCAAAGAAUAGAAAAAAAUUGGACUAUUGAUGAUUAUAAGGGAAGAGAUUUUCCUGCUUUUAAUAUUAGAUCUUAUGGUCCUAUUUAAUAAAUUCUAGAUGCUUGUCUCAUUGAUAGUCCAAAAGAUAUCUGGUACAUAAGUACUUUAAGUAAGUAAUUAUGA